AUGGGGCCCACUGACCUACAGGGCCAUCUCUGGGCAGGAAUCCUGUUCUCAGCCUCACUUUUGACCAUGUGGAGUCUACCAGCUACAGCCCAGCUCACCCUCGAUGCCAACCUAGUUAACACCACCCAAAAAUUGCUAGCCAAGCCUACCAUUACAGUCAGCCAUGACUCCGUCAUAGAGCACAAAGAAAAUGUGAGCUUCCACUGUGACACCAAUGACGUCAACAUUACCAUCCACUGGGUCUCCAACAACCUCCCCCUGGUGAUCCACGAGCGUAUGCAUCUGUCAGCAGAUGGCAAGACCCUCACCAUCCUCACUGUCCACCGAGAGGACUUCGGAACUUACCAAUGUAAAGUCCAGAGUGGAGUCCAGUUCCAGAACAGUAAUCUCAUCUGCCUGACUGUGAACUAUGGUCCUGACACCAUAGAAAUCAAGUUGCAGCCUGGUGUACCCAAUGGGAAGGUGGUUGAGGUGAUGGAGGGCUCCACCAUGAUCUUCUCAGUGGAGACACAGUCUUACCCGCUCCCUGCCUUUUUCUGGUUCCUCCCCAAUGACUCUGUCCAAUCUUCUACUAUAACCACAUUCACCACAGCUGCAUCCAGGGAACACAAGGGCAUGUAUAAGUGCUUGGUGUCCAGUAAUGUCACCCAACUGUCCCACCUGGGUACUCUUGAAGUCCGAGUCCUCGAAAGGCUGACCAAGACUUACAUCAUGUCCCCAAGCUUGGAUCUCAUGGAGACCUCAAGCUCCAUGGCCCUGACCUGCCAGACCACCCAAGAGGUGGCGGGGGUCCAAUGUUUCCUGAGGUACCAGCCCCUCCUGCCUAGUGAGCGCUUGGUGCUGUCUGCCAACAAUAGGACCCUGGCCAUCCGCGGCCUCCUGUGGAAUGACACAGGGCCCUAUGAAUGCGAGAUCUGGAACUGGGGCAGCCGGAUGCGGAGUGACCCGCUCAAAUUAACCAUCCACUAUGGCCCUGACCGAGUGGACAUCACCAGGGGGGAGGCUUCUGUGGCAGUCAGCAUCGUGGAGGUGGAGCUCAACACCAGCCUGACCCUAAAUUGCCGGGCUGAGUCUCAGCCAAUACCUGAAUAUCACUGGACCUUCAAACACUCAACUGCGAUGUAUACCGGAGAGCAGCUGAUCAUUGAGGCCCUGUCCCAGGAACACCAGGGGACCUACAACUGCACGGUCUUCAACCCUCUGACCCACCUGACCUGCUCUGCCUCUGUCCUGGUCAGAGCGAUAGGUCCCCAGUCGUCCCUGCCUGCAAGUACCUUGGCUGGCAUUGCUGUUGGGAUUCUGGUUAUCAUCUCCCUGGCCACAGGGCUGGGCUGCUUCCUCUACUUCAGAAAUACCAGCAGGAAAACAACAGAAGAACCCAUCCAUGAGGCUGUAACACCCACCUCUGAGAAGGAGCACCCUGCCGCACCCAAUUCUUACUGGUCACAGCAUGUGUAUGCCAACGUGCCUGAACCUCAAGCAUGGGAUGGAGUCCAGAAGAAAGAGCUGGCUUCCACAACUCCCAGGAGCUAUUCUCACAGCGACAGAAAGCCAUCACCCAAAUUCUUGCAGCCUGCCUUGGCCCCCACUCCACCACAAGGGGACACGGAGUCAGACUACGAGGUGCUGGUGAAUCCAGAAUGCAGCAUUUACUAUCAUAUCAAACCCAAGGUCUAAUGGAAGGAGUGAUUCCAUCUCCAGAACACCCAGAGAAACCAUACUUAAUCAUAUAGUCAGUGAAAUGUACUGAGUGCACAAUAUAUUCCAGCCUUUCUCUUUAUAGACUUCGUGAUGUUCUGUUUCGAUGUGUUGUUUGGGCUCCGGACCUGGGCUCCCGCCGCAUCUUACUCUUUUGACUCUUGUUUCUUUAUAAGCAAUAGAAACAGAGAAAAAGUGACCUGGAAUUAGAGGAUCAAGUUUAGAGAUCCAGCAGCUGGAGAUGCCACAGCUCCAACACGAGGAUGGCAGAUCAUAGAUGAUGGACAUCCCCUCAUCUGAGCAGGGGACGUAGGGAGAGGUCAGACAGUGUCUUUUCAAAUCAUGGUGGAGAAAAGAAGCAAGGAGCGAUUAAGAGACGACAAUAGCAAACAUAGAAUGAAGCAAACUAUUGAGGUACCUGGGAAGGAAUAGGUAUGAGAUCCUUAGACUCCUGAGGGACUUGAGUGGUGGAGAUGGUGAGAAUGAGAUUUGCUGAAGAAAUACCAUUAAAAAGAAACACAAAUAGGAAUGCCAUUUUUACUAAUACUGUUUUGAAAAUGGUAGCCAAUGCAAUCUAUUAUCAAAGGGAAAGUGGUAAAAAUGCUGGUUAAAAAGGUGAAAUUACUGUCUGAAGAGGAUGGUCUCACUAGAAAUGUCAAGAGAAUCACAUGAAACAUGGUAAGAAUUCAUAAUAUUAGUAGGCUCACUAGAUAAAAAAGAAGUAUCUUAAAAACAUCAUGGGCCUCCCUGGUGGCACAGCUGGGUUGCGAAGCUGCCCGCAGCCUCUGCAGCGCUGGUUCCAUCCCUGGCUGCUUCCCGGCCACCGGAGGAGGGUCCCACACGGCGCGCAGACCUCUCCUGCCGCCCGCUGCUCCCCUCAGCAGUGUACUUCGUCAGUCUGCCUGCUCUACUCUCUGCUCUGGCUCUGGUGAAUUCUCUCACCUUCCCGUGCUUCUGACUGUACCCAAUGCUUGUA